UUAUUGCUUUAUGGUAUAGCUGUUGAACACAUAAACACACAACAAAUUAUAGUGUUCUUCAACGUUAUGGUUAUUUAAAAAAACAAUCGAAAUUAUUAACUUUAUUUGCAGUUUUUAGGUCUGGUGUGAUCAGUUUGUCUCCUUACCAACCCAUCCUGUCGCGCUGUGUUACACACCAACCCGCCGGACUGAUGAGAGGAAGAAGAGGACACUCCUCAUCACCAGGUAGAACAGUUUCUCAGGAGCAGAGCAGCAUGCCUCUGAGGAAGCAAAUAUUCAAGGAUGCAAGUAAUGUUCCCUCUGGAAGCCAACAGAUUGAUGAAAACACAGAGGAGGACGAAGCUCUCGAUGAACAAAACAACAAUGACAAGCUCUCAUCAGUAAGACAAACACGCAAGAGAGAGAGGGAAAACAAGUCCAAACCCAAAGAGAUGACAGAGGAGGAGAUGAUGGACUUGGCUCUGCGUCUGAGUGAACAGGAAGCCAGUGUCACUGCGCUCAGAGUGCAGCAAGAGGAAGAGGCCAUGUUGAAAGCCAUCCAAGAGAGUAUGGUCAGCCAGACACAACCGUGCCCACCCAACCAAAGUCAGAGCCUGCUCACCAAUGCUGAAGCAUCACUCAGGCUCUGCUCACGACGGAAACUCAUAUACUCAAACGGGAAGGCGUUGUCUGCCAUCGAUCAGGGAGCACCAGAGGACGUCUGCGCACCAGAGAAACACCUGAACCGAGGAGCAAAAGGAACUGGAGAUGAAUGUAAUCACAGGAAUAAAAAGCUCAAAAGGAAAGAAGGAAGUCCUCUUCGGGAGAUGCCAGACCUGUCACAGACUCAGAAAAUCGACUCUCCGGCUUCAACCUGCAGCUCAGUGUGUCUUUCAGUGCCUCUGGACUCACCACAGAGCUCUGACUCGACCCAGAUCGACGACUGUCAGCUUCGUAAGUCCCCUGUCUUCCCCUCUACUGGCUGCAUAGCCGAGGUUCACAUCCCCCGGCUGAGCCAGGACCUGCUGGAAACCUGCAGAACCUCGGGGUUUGUGGUGUGCUCUCAAGACAGUUCGCUCUCGAUUGAAAAGUCUUUGCCUACUUCAGCAAAGAGCCCGACUUUUCCCAAAAGCCCCAAACGUUCCAAUAAACUCACGUUGUCCAAGAGUCCUGUCUUCUCAGAGACUGAUCAGGGAGAUGAUGAACAAACGGAGCAGAGUCCUGAGUAUUUAAAAAGUCCAGUAUUUGGCAGGAAUACUCAACACAAGAUGUCUCCAAGUGCCUGCAAACCCCAAGCUGGUGUCUGUAGCUCAGGGUUUAUGUCCUCCUCUCAAGAGAGUUUAAGCUCCUCUGUGAGGUCCACGUCUUGCCACCCUAGGAGCCCAAUCUUCCCAAAAAUCUCCCUGCCUCCCCUUGACAGAUCAGCAACGUGCAAAAGUCCUUUAUUUUCAGAGACUGACGAAGAACAAACCCUGGAGAAUAAUGAAUUUUGUAAAAGCCCAGUGUUUGGCAGGAGUGGACAACAACAAAAGACUGUCAGUGAGCAGAAACACUCUGUGAGUGCUUCAGCUGCAGAGCUCAGAGGCUCAGACAGUGAAGGGAGUUCAACCCCGACCAGGAAUCCAUUUCAGAGUCCGAGGCAGGACAGAAAGACUGAUCACAAUCAAGAUGCCAGGUUUAACAAGUCAGAUAAUGCAGAGGAGGAGAAUGAAAUAUUGGAAAACUCAGCCAAGGAAGAGCUGACCAGUGAUAUGAAGCUACUCAUGUCUGAUGAAGAUGAAGAAGUCACGCCGGGGGGCUCACCCAGUCCGGUCUUUCCAGGGGAGAAAGCUGUUCAUCAUGUGGACACUGAGGCUGCCUCCCUAAACCACGUGACUGCAGCAUCUCCAGGGCAGAACUGCAGACAGCAGCUGUCCACCACAGUUCAAGAGCCACAGCCCAGCAGCAGUCAGGGAGCGGCCAGCAGGGCGUCUGCCCCACUUGGGGAGCCUGCAGCUGGAUCAACGGUGCACUACUACUGGGGGGUUCCCUUCUGUCCACGAGGCCUGGACCCAGACACAUACACACAGGUCAUCGUGGCUCAGAUGGAGGUUUACGAGAAGAGUCUGAAGCAGGCUCAGAGGGGUCUGCUGAGGAAGGCUGAGUGGGGAGAGCCCAUCAUGCCACAACCGGAGAAAUCUCCUUCACCUGAGCCGCCUGCUGAAUUAUCUCAACAGCUCAUUCCUCGAAGACGUGGCCUCAGACUGAAAGGCAAGAGACUGUGUGAUGCUGACACAGAGGAGGAGGACGAAUACAAGAAGGAUGAAGAUGAAGAGGAGGGAAGAGAGAGCAAAGAGGAAGAAAAGGAGGGAAAAGAAGAGGGACAGGUUGAUACUGAUGACUGUGAGGUUUGUCCAGAAACCCAACUGAGCAACUAUGAUGAUGACAGGACGCAAGAUCUGAUGCUGGAGACUGACACUGGAGCAACGCUUGGAUUUCAGUCUGACUAUAAAAAGAGUCCAGAGCUGCCAGAGGUGGAGAUGAUUCUCCAAGAUGAUUCUCAAGCCAGGGAUGAGCUGAAGGAGGAGGAAGAGGAGGAGAUGGAGGUGGACGUAGAGGUGGACGUAGAGUUGGACGUGGACACAAAGAUAAGGGGAACCCCUGUAAGAAGCAGUGAAAUUGGAGGACAACAUAUUAGAAAAGAGGACAUGGAGGAGGACGGGGGGGAUCCAGAUGUGGAGGUGAUAAAAGUUCAAAGGCUUCAAAGGUCUAAGUCUCCUGAACUGGAACCAAACGCUAACCCUCAGAGUCCUGAAACCAGAGUGGACUGUCCCAUCUGUCAAGGGUCCUUCCCCGUGACAAAGAUCGAGGUGCAUGCUGCGUACUGUGACGGGGAGGUGGCCGUCCUGGACGAGAGGAGGCCUGAGAACAGCCGCUUACAAGUGUCAUUGAAGCAACGUAGGAAGAGAACAAGGAGGGCAGAGACGGCUGCCGAAGAGGCUCUCGAAACCUCUAACGCUGGCAAGAAUGAAGAGAAAUGUUACAUCUGUCAGAAAGCUGUUCCUCUGAGUGACUACGGCCUACACACGGAGCUCUGCCUCCAACUGAAGGCACAGAAGACUGCAGGAAAGGGAAAUCUCCUGUCAGCUCUGGAGCAAACGGAGAGCAGAGAUUCAGAGGCCGGGCCAUCUGGAUCCAAACUCCAGCCAGGAGAUGUUAUUGAACUGCUGGAUGAUGAUGAAGAGGAGGAAGGGGGCAGCAAUUCAGUACUCAGGAUCAGUAACUCUCCCAUCAGAUCCUUCACUCCAAUCUCAGAGGCCACCGACUGCCUUAUCAACUUCAAAAAACACCAGCCAGCAAAGAAGCUGCGCCAAAGACGAAGAUGAGGAUGACCUACUGCAGACUGGAAGUGCUGACUAAAGAUACUGGAAACCAGAGCCUUAACUAAAGACCCAAUCAGGUUGGAGGUGACAUUACAAUUGGAAAAGACUUGUUUCAAAAGGAACGCCUUUAUGAUGUCACAAACUAAUGCAGGUAGACGAAUACAAAUCGAGCACUUGAAUGUAUUCAAAGACAAAAACCUGAUUCAGACUCUUUUUGUGCCACUAAAUGCUACAUUUGUUCGUGUUGAAGGUGUUUUGGACUACCUCUUUAUGUAUCAGAUAAUUUCCUUUUUGUUAACUUUGGUUUAAUGUCUAACAGUAUGAGUACCUCUCAACCUUCUGAGUAUAAAUCAGAUUCAUCACAACAUUUUACCGGCAUUAAACUUGAA